AGCUUGUUAGCACACAACAUGUCAACAGAGACAGUGUGUCUGAAGACGGAGCCCGGAGAGGUGUGUGUGAAGACAGAGCCCGGAGAUGUGUGUGUGAAGGAGGAACGGGAGUGUGAGGACAGCGUGCUGCGAGGAGUGAGCGCAGCGGCUGCACAGGCUGGACUGUACAUGGAUCAUGUGGUCAAGGACGAACUUGUGCUGGGUCCCGAGGAGUGGCACCGCCCUAAAGUGCUCCCUUUACAAGUGUGUUCGGAGGGCCGCUCCGCCCGCGCCAGGGAACAACUCGCGAUGGCUUGUUCCGUGGUGCUCGAGCGCCUCCCCGUCGACGCGACCGCUUACAAACCAUACGGCUGCGAACACUGUGGCGAACGUUUUAUAAAUAAAUCUAUUUUAAGGAAACACAUACAAUAUACUGACUCGUCAUCUGGGCCCAAGACAUUUGCUUGUAAUUACAAAUGCAAUCAGAAAUCAAGCUUAAAAACAUACCAGAGGAUACACACUGGAGAAAAGCCUUACAAAUGUAGUCAUUGCGACUACAAGUGCAACCGUGGGUGA